UACACACACACACAGACAUAUACAUACACACACACACACACACACACAGAAACAUGUACACACACAGACACAUGUACACACACACACACAUAUACACACACACAUGUACAUACACACAGACACAUGUACAAUUGUACAUGCAUAAAAAGUUGCAGUACUUUGAUGUUUACUCACAGAUCCGGGUACUGCACUCUAGGGGGAGGCAGAGAGCACAGCACACACUCCUUGCUUUGCUUUCACUGCGCUCAGCUAUUUAGCAGUCUGACGGCUCCCAGUGCCAAUGACAGAUCCAGCCUGAGCUCCGAGCCUGCUCAGCAAGACGGCCCUGGGGACACACUCGCCCCCACCAUAAUUUCCACUUGCUACUGGCGAGCAGAAGUUUCAAGCCCUGGACUA